ACGUGAUAACAAAAUGGCUGCCUCCACGACUAGGCGACAGGCAGUACAUGUGUGCGGUCGAUUAUUUCUUAAAAAUUCCGCCUUCGCGGCACAUAUAAGUAACAGCACGCUAAGUGCAUCGGUGUAUAGAUUAUUAUCGACUAGAACCCUAAAAAUAGUUUCACCAUGCAACUUGCCAAAACAUUCCACGGAGCGUGUGUGCGGCGUUCUAUUCCGGACAGACAUUGGCCGGCAUCACUCCACCGUCCCAGAAAAGGAUUCCCCCCUCGUCGAACAGAAGUUGUUACUGAAAUAUUUCCAAAUGGUAGCGAGGGACCUGAAGCAGGUCGAGGAAGAGCUGGAGAAGUGCUCCCACGACUCGCAGCGCACGAGAGAGCUCACCGCGAAGAUGAGCCGGCUGUCCAGCAUCGUCGCGCUGGUCAAGAAAAUCAAUGAACUGAACCGGGAGAUGGAAGGCCUCAAGGACCUCGAGCGAGAUUUCACUCGAACCGGGGACAAAGAUAUGGUUUCCAUGGCAGUGGAUGACCAGAAAAACUGCCAGGCGGAACUCAAGCAGCUCAAUGAUCAGAUCCUGGACCAGAUCGUCCCGCCCGAUCCAAUCGACACGACGGAAGUCCUCUUAGAGGUGACGGCUGGCGUCGGAGGCCAGGAGGCGAUGCUCUUCACCAAGGACGUGCUCGACAUGUACGUCCGAUACGCCAGCUGGAAAGGCUGGAGCUGCCGCAUCGUCGACUACGAGACCUCCGACAUGGGCGGAGUGAGGCACGCGUCACUCAACGUCGGCGGCCGGGACGCCGGGAAGUGCCUGAAGUUCGAGAGCGGCGUUCACCGAGUGCAGAGGGUGCCACAGACCGAGAGGGCAGGAAGGAUCCACACUAGUACCAUGGCCGUGGCGGUGCUUCCACUGCCAGCUGAGGUCGACGUCGUCCUGAACAGCAAAGACCUGGUCAUGAAGACCAAGAGGGCCAGUGGGCCCGGUGGUCAGCACGUCAACACAACAGAGUCGGCCGUUCAGAUUCAGCACAUUCCAUCUGGGAUAAUGGUGGAGUCUAGUCAGGAGCGGUCGCAGCUCCAGAACAAAGAACUAGCGCUCAAGAAGCUUCGCGCCAAGCUGUACGAGAUUGAGCUCAACAAGAAGACCAGCUCGCAUGUGACACAACGAAAGCUUCAGGUGGGCACAAGGGGACGGUCCGAAAAGAUUCGCACCUACAACUUCGCCCAGGAUCGCGUGACAGACCACAGGAUUCCCGUGACCGUACACAACGUGGAAGACUUCCUGCACGGCCAGGACAACCUAGACAGUGUGAUACGACGGUUACUGGACGAGUCUCGCAAGGAGAUACUCCUUGAAGUGCUGCAGGGUGUGAAGUGAAAAUGAGCCGCCAGUAGACAACACACACCUGCAAGGGCUUCUUUUUUUUUUUCUAUUUAUUUUCUCGUAGACAGCCGCCACUGUACAAACUUCCAUGUUUAUUCCUGAAAUAUAAAAACAUAGGUCAAUGAAAGCAGCUCUAUCCCAGUCAUUAGCACAAAUUACCAUGCCAGCUUGCUGCCUGCUUCUUUGAGCAAGGCGCAAGUUUCAGCCUAAACGCGAUCAGUCUCGAAUAACGUUCCAACUUUUCUUGGCCCUGUACCGUAAAUCUUUUGGAGCUAGGAGAAACUAGAAUACUAACUACAGUGUGCUUACCAGCUAAUAAACCAAACGUUGAAUUCU